AGGUGCCGAGCAGCGCGCGGAGCCGGCGGCCGAGGAUGGGGAUCCUCUUCACCAGGAUCUGGAGGCUGUUCAACCACCAGGAGCACAAAGUAAUCAUUGUUGGUCUGGAUAAUGCAGGAAAAACAACCAUUCUUUAUCAAUUCUCUAUGAAUGAAGUGGUACAUACCUCACCUACGAUAGGCAGCAACGUGGAAGAGAUCGUGGUUAAUAACACCCGUUUCCUCAUGUGGGAUAUCGGAGGGCAGGAGUCUCUCCGAUCUUCAUGGAACACCUACUAUACAAACACUGAGUUUGUGAUAGUUGUUGUGGACAGCACAGACAGAGAGAGAAUUUCGGUAACUAAAGAAGAACUAUAUAAAAUGUUAGCACAUGAGGACUUGAAGAAAGCAGGUUUGCUGAUCUUUGCUAACAAGCAAGAUGUUAAAGAGUGUAUGACAGUAGCUGAAAUCUCUCAGUUCCUGAAACUAACUUCAAUUAAAGAUCACCAGUGGCACAUUCAGGCAUGCUGUGCUCUAACUGGAGAGGGACUGUGCCAAGGACUCGAGUGGAUGAUGUCAAGACUUAAGAUCAGAUGAUUUUUAAUGACUUGUUUGCACGGACGCUGCUUUAAAAGAAAAAGAAAAAAAGCUGUACCCAUGAUUACCUUGACGAUGGCAGAAUUAAUGGGUUAGAUGUAUUUAUAAUGAACUGAUUUCAACUUCAUUUUCUACAUAGAUACAAACAGUUAUAUAAAUUAAGACCAUUUUGCAAAAAGACGAACGCAGUUGAUGGCUCCGGUUUCGUUUCCCCUUUUUUUUCCUUCUCUGGUGUGCAUGUAAGAGCUGUGAUCAACCUUCAUUCAAGAUACAACCACUGGGAACAGUCUGAUGCUGAGCGUGGUGAAGACGAAGUGAGAGGAAGGAGCUUUUAAUUUUGAGUUUUAUUAUUCCAUUGUAGUCCUCUCUAGUUGAAGAUGUUGGCUUCAUUAUUCCAGUAAAUUAGUAAGCAAAUCAAUGGCAUAGAUAUCAACUUUUCAGUAUUUUUAAAGUUACUGAUGUUACAAACGCAAAAAUAUUUUCCUGUAUGUGUACUGUACAUAUUUGUGUAUAUUUAUACCUCAGUUUUAGGUUAAUUGCAAUCUGUUCAGACCAGUAUGUAAAACUGAAUCAGUAUGUUGACAAUAGUACUAAUAUUUGACAUUUCCAACAUGUCACAGCUUCUUUUCCUUUGUUAUCUGUAUAGCUGUAAUGUCCAUCAGACAGUUGACUCACUACAACUUUAUAAAGCAAACUCUGUCUUAAGACAAUUGCUUGUUUCUCCCAUGAUUUUUUUUCUCAUUAGGAAAGAUGCCAUAAAGGAUUGGGAAAUAUGGAUUGAAUUUUAAACUAUAGUAUCGGCAAGCAACAGUGGAAAAUUUGCCAGUUUAAAGCAAAAACAUUUUAUUAUAAUUGUCAUUGGAUGGGAUGACUUCAAAAAGUGCUUGUCAUCCUAUUCUGUGCUACUGCUUUUUAUUUUCUGCAGUAGGUGCUUGCUUAUGAUUGAAGCCUGGUAGAAUUUCUUUUAGAUUUCAGCUUUCAGUAAGGGAAAAAUGUUUUUUUUUGUUUUUGUUUUUUUCUCUCUCAACCAAAGAAGAGACAUGAAAAUAUAUGUAAAAGGCCCACUGAAAUCUUACCAAACUAGUCUUGCUCUGUAUUAAGUAUUUUUCAGAGGAAGAAGCACUCUUCUCUCUCUGAUAUUCCAAAAUGUGUGUGUAUAUAUAUCUGUGUGCAGUGGCUUGAGCUGGGAUGGGCAGGGAGCACACAUAGUUUACACUACUGGAAAAGUGAUGGUUCCACAGAAGGUCCUGGUGGUACUUCUUGAAAUAACUCCUUGCAUGAUCCCCAGGUGAGUUAUUAAAGUGUCACAACACUAUGUGAUUAUCUUUUCUCACCAUCUUAUUUAGUGGGAUGGGUGACCAUAUGGAAUAAGUUUGAAAUGAUCAUUUUAAAGGAUAAUGGUUUUUUGGUAGGAUGAAAGUUGGAUGAUUUGAAUUAUCAGUGUUGUGAAAGUGUAUAAAGCCUUAAUUGCAGACUUCUACGCUUGAGAUGUGUUUGAGGAGUAUCGUAAAAUGAAAUAAAACUUUGUUUAAAAUGUCCUUCCCUUUCUUAACUCGUGAAUUUGAUAAGGAUGGAAAAGACAUUUUAAAGAAAAAGCUUAGUUUGAACUUUAAAGUGCUUACUGACAGCUUGUUGUUGGUUACGUGCUAAUGUCAUUGGUCUACUUGCUUUUCUGGGGAUCAUGUUGUGAAUUUGUGGAGGGGCAACAGGGAAGACAAUUUAAAAAGUCUAUAUUUAAUAAAGGCAGGUAAAGAAUUCAACUUUUUAAUAUAUUUUUGGUAUCUAUUAUGUUAACGGGUUAGGGGAUCUGGUCUCUUUGCUAAAACAUUUUAAUGUGUACAUGCAUAUAUUUAUAGAGCAUGCACAUAGAUGUUGGUGUUUAACUCAUGUGUUGCAAAAUGUAUGUUUGAAGAAGUAAUUAAUGCAAAGACUUUUUCACUUUACCUGAUGGUAUCUUCAAGAAACAAGUUCUGUGCACACCUGCAUAUAAGACCACAUUGUACGUUUUAUAGUCUUAAAUGAGAUUGGCUUAUUAACCUAAGUGUUGAGUUUUGAGUCUUAUGUCUUCCGUCCCUUUAAAAUACUUCUGUAGUAUUUUUAAAAUCUGUAUUUUGCCGGAGUGUGUGCAGGUUUUGUGCCUGUGUGUUAAGCAACGAGUUGUUAAUGGAACAAAAAUCAUGGAGCAGUGUUCUGAAACCUGCUUUCUGCUGGAAUUUGUUGCUUGCUCCCUUGAUUAAAUUUUUAGGAGUUGGUUUGUUCAUAUCAUGAAAAAUUCAUGUUUUUUUUUUCCAGGUAUGGCUAUGUUGCAAUAAGGUAUUCACUGCUUACUCUCACCUGCUUUUCCCUCUCAGUAUUCUGGCUAUUCUGCUUUCUAUGACCUCUGCAAUACUGCACAGUCCAUUUAAUUUUUGUUUCACAAGUGGCAAGACCCUAAUGGGAGAUGGGAGCAGCAGUGUGCGUGGAAGGCUGCUGCUAAAGCCGUGCUUUUUAUGCCUUGUAGUGCUUAUAAUCCAAAAAGCAGUUAGAAGAUAGGAGAUCUGAGCAGAAAAUGUUAGAGCCCCGAUGAGCUGCCUGGAUGGGCACAUGUCCUAUCGCAGGUGAUGCUGGGGCUGCCUCUCUCCUUGGCAGCACCAAGGAGGUUGGAGGGAAGAUGUCCUGUUUUGUAGCUAGAGUUCUGUAGCACCAAUUCCGACCGCAGCAUCACAUGCCUGUGGUAUUCCUGUUUGGGCUGCAGUAAUCGAUGGAAGAAAUCUCUUAGUUUUAUUAUUAUUAUUAUUAUCAUUAUUUUUCUGUUAAGUGCUAUUCUGCUGUUCCAGAGAAUGAUGGAUUUUGUCUGUGGUAUCUGGGUGGUGAUGCUUUGUCCUCCCUCUUGGUAAACGGGUGACAAUCCAAAUUCUCACCUUGCAGGACUGACUCUGCUUGAAGGUAUGUGCAGGGAUUCUCUCAAAAGAGAGUAAAAGCAAAGUAUUUGCUUCCUUAUUUUGCCCAGAGAAAUUUCUACAAAAACUCUGCCUGAAGAUAUUCAUGAAAACAAAGGUAUUUACUCCAAAUGCUAAAGAGAUGAUCAUUAGCAGAAUUUAUAAAUAUGUCGCCACAGGUGGUAUUGUAGCUGAGAGGUCAUUUUCUAUACACCUUGCCUUUGGUUAGCUGAAUUUUUGUUUUUAUUUUUUUUAACUGAGGCACUUGGGAGACCUGGGGAAGAGUAGAGAAACUUGUGAACAGACAAGCCCUUGGUUUAUGUUGUUCUCCUUUACAGCCCUUUCUUUUCCCCUUAGGACAAGUCACUCUCUUUUGCUUAACACUGUGAAUAGUAAAGGAAAUUUAAUGUUAUAUCAGUGCUAUUUUCAACUCAUUCACUAACAGUUUAAAUGCCACUGUCUUAACAAUAACCCAUGAGUUGUUAAUUUGUGUUGCUUUGGUGUUUUCAUCCUCUGUGUGUCGUGAUGUCUCAGCUUUCAGCUAAAACUGAAGAUCUCUUACUGCCUUGCUCUUCAGAUAAUUCACCUUUAGGGUAUUACAUGGCAAAGAGAUAGCUUCCUAAAAACUGAAGUUGAUGCUGCAGGGUGCCGUUUUACAGGCAGAAAUAGAGCAGCAAAUCAUGUAUUUCAACUCGCACCCGAGGGCGCAUGUGAGUGCCUGGCAGGCACCCGGUACAGUCUAUGCAGCCCAAGUGCCUAACAGUGACCCAGUCAUCACUAUGCCCUUUGUAUAGUACAGUUUCCAUUUUGUUUAAAAAUAGAUAUAUUUGUAUAGAAGCAUCUAGCUGUGUUUAAAUGAGUAUUCUUUCCCUUCACUACUACCAGUUUUACCUGAUUUAUGAUAAAUUUAUUUUUUACAGUUCUUUAAGCUUUCUACUGUCUACAUUCCAAGCACUUUACCAUUUAUCCAGCAUUAUAUAGCUAGCUUCCUUUGUGAAAGGAAAUGCUAAAUUUAUCCUUAUAACAGAUGGGUUAACCAGAAAUCUUUUCAGGAAGCUAUAUUUGAAUAACUCAGUCCAAGAAUACUUGGCCUUGUAAGCUGCCUCAUAUAAGCAGUUCCUUUCCAAUUGGCUAACAAAACAUGAACUUUGCUACUCGCAGGCAAAUUCUGUCUGCAAAAUAUUUUUAUUUCAGCUCAUUGAA